CAACAAUGAUGCUGGCGGCGUCGCUCUUUUGCUUUUGAGGUGUUUAAAUGCAGUUGUACACAAACCUCGCGGUAACUUCGAAGAAACAGCUCUUUUCAAUGGAUUAACCGCUACUGGUCGUCGCCGACUUUGACGAGACAAGAUGGCUCAAGCUGGGGGCGGCAACGGAAAGUCUCCCGCCCGGGAACCGAUCGCGCUGCGUUCGACCAAGUUGAACCACCUGGUCUUGGGCCGGGCGAGCUGCUCAGUGCCGAACCGUCACCUGGCGAGCCGGGACAGCCUGCUGGAUGCCCUGUUUGCCCUCUACGACGAGUGCAACCGCGAGGUUCUACGCCGGGACAAGAACGUCGCCCUGUUCCUGGAUAAGUACCGUGCAAUAGUGCAGGACUUGCGGCAGCUGCGCGUGAGCAUAGCGGACUUCGAGGUGAAAACGGUCAUUGGUCGGGGCCACUUUGGCGACAUCCGCAUGGUCAAGGAAAAGGCCACCGGUGACAUCUAUGCCAUGAAGAUUCUGCGCAAGGAUGAAACCCUCAGCCAGCGGGAGGUGGCAUUCUUUGAAGAGGAGCGGGACAUUCUGGCGCGGGCGGCACAGACGGGUCCCUGGCUGACCAGGCUGCAGUAUGCCUUCCAGGACGCUGGCCACCUCUACCUGGUCAUGGAACUGCUGCCCGGCGGCGACCUGUUCAACUUGCUUGACCGCUCAGGGGGCCUGCUGCCCGAGGAGGAGGCCCGCUUCUACCUCGCGGAGCUCACCCUUGCCAUCCACGCUCUGCACUCUCUGGGAUACGCACACAGGGACGUGAAGCCCGACAAUGUGCUUAUUGAUCGCACGGGCCACAUCAAGCUGGCUGACUUUGGAUCGGCUGCCAAGCUGUCCGACAAGAAAAGCAUUUCAAGUCGUCUUCCUGUCGGCACACCUCACUAUGUGGCACCCGAAGUGCUGAGUUCCAUGAGCGGGGGCCUCAAUGCCUGCGCCACGGUUCAAGGCCCGGCUGUGGACUGGUGGUCUCUGGGUGUGCUGGCAUACGAAAUGCUCUAUGGCUUCAACCCGUUUGCCGAUGAUCGCGUGGUCGUCACCUACAACAGGAUCAUGAACUUCAACGAGACACUGGACUAUGCAAAGGAGCCACCGUUAUCAGAGGUGACCAUAAAAGUGCUGCAGGGCCUGCUUACCACGGCCGACAAGCGGUUUUCCUACGACGACAUGUGCCGUCACGAGUUCUUCGCUCCAAUAGACCUGGAUAAUAUAAGACAGACUGUGCCCCCGUUUGUGCCGAACUUGACCGGGGAGGAAGACACGUCCAACUUCUACGAGUUUGAGGAUGAGCCGGCACGCGCCAAGAUUCCCGCCCUGCGGGAUCAGAACAAAAGCUUUGAGGGCAAGAGCCUGCCGUUUGUGGGCUUCACUCACACCCAGAGUGCCAGCAAUGCAGCACUUGAGAGGACGGUGAGUUUUCUGGAAGUGGGCUCGCCAAUGCGAGAGACCCUAAGCUCGGGGGCAUCGCUGCGCCGACGCAGCCAGCGCCAGGAGCAGCUGCUGUCCGAGGUGACCCAGCGGGAGGAGAGCCUGCGCCAGGAGGCACGAGAGGCUCGCACCCGUCUGGACCAGGCACAGGCUCGGCUGGAGGCCCUCGAGAGCAGCCUGGUGGACGCAGAGGCACGCGAGGCACAGCUGCGCUCAGACAACCAGAACCUGAACAUGCUGGUGGACCUGGAGCGCAAGAACCGGCUGAUAUCGGAGGAGAAGGCUGUCCAGCUGCUGAAUGCCAUGAAGCGCAAAUACCGCAGGCAAGACGAACUUCUGAGGAGCGGCUACUUUGUGGCCAGCCCUCUGCGGAAGCCCACCCCGAGAGCCUUUGUGGUGGACGAGGCAAACGGUGAUGGUGAGAAGGCUGAUGAAGAGGAGGAAGGGGACGAGGCGUCGGUGCAGAGCGAGCUGCAGCUGGUGCUUCGCGAGAAGCGCCACUUGGAGCAGGAGCUGGCCAAGGAACGAGCCCUGUGCAUGCAGUACAAAGAGCAGCUCAACUCGGCUCUCUCGGAAGGUGUCCACUGCAUGGAGGAGAUGCAGAAGGAGCACAAGGCCAACGCGGACUCCAUCGACGUGGUUCGCAAGGAAGUUGCUGAGGCGGUGUGCAAGCAGCGGCAGGCCGAAGAGGCCCUGUCGGUGUGCCGUGACGAUUGCUCCAGACACCAGGCAACGGUGGGUGCGCUGGAGAAGGAGGUGGCCUUCCUCAAGGGGCAGGUGUCAGCAUCGAUGGACAAGCCGGCUGUCGCUACUGGUGCCACCUGCGCACGGUGCACCGCAUCACUGGCAGAGGUCAAGCGCCUCAGCGAGGAGAAGGCAAAGUUACAGCUGGAGGCAUCCGAGAUGCGGUCCGAGCAACAGCGACUCCUGGGGGCCUUGGAAUCCCAGCGGAGGCAGGACAGCCAGCUGCAGAGGGAUGCAAAUGGUCUGCACUCGGUCGUGACGCGCCUCGAAGGGGUCGUCAGCACUGUCGAAGCCUCUUGCGUAGACAGUGCAGCUGCUGCUCCACAUCCACAGCAGGUUCUUGUCAAGCAGGUGGCAGAGCUCGAAGCUUUGCUUAGGGAGACCUGCGAGUUGGAAAAGGCCAAUGCACGCUCCCUUGAAGAGAUCGAAAAGUUUAACGCAGAGGUUGUAGAACUGGCCAAGAAACGCAACGUCUCGGCUCCUGCCAAUGCCGAAGUGAAUGGUGUCAAGACAGCACCGUCGUCGCUGGAAGCGGAGCAUCAAGCCCUGCUCGAGUCCAGCAAGGCCCUGGAGGCUCAGCUGGCAAAGACACGGGAGUACCUCUCCACCAGCCGUGCCCGUUGCGGGGAGUUGCAACUGCAGCUGCGAAAGAAGGAAGAUGAGCUGUCCGAGUGCCAGCUGGACAGCCGAGUAGCCAAGCGGGAAGCCAAGCGUCUGGAGGAGAGCGAGCGGCUGGCACGCGAGCACCGUGACCGUCUCCAAGAGGAGAUGUCUGAGCUGCAGAAGCAGGCCGAGGAAAUGAGGGCGAGGGUGACCCAGCUGGAGCACUCUCUGGCACGCGCCGAGAAGGAGGCCACUUCGGCUAAGCUGGCCCACGAGACUGAAAAGGCAAAGCUGGAGGAACGCAUUCAGAUGCUGAGGGAGAGUUGUGUUUCGACGAAAGAUCUCGAAGCCAAGUGCGUCUCAAAGGCCGAUGAAUGCCGGGAGCUGACUGUGAAAUGCAAGGUGCUGCAGCUGGAAGCGCAGCGAGAGGCCGAGGUGCGCACGCAGGUCCUGAACAGCUCAAAAGAGCUCGAAGAGGAGCUCAAGAGAGAGCGAGCCAAGACUGAGAAGCUGCUCAAGACACUUGAAAUGCUGAAGGAAACCUGUGAGGAGUUAGACAAGCAGGUGGUCAGCUACGAAAAAGAACUGUCAUUGGCUGACAGUAAGAAUCAAGAGUACGAGGCUCAAUGGGCGGCGCACAAGGAAACCGUGGACAAGCUCAACAAGAAGAUCUUCGAGCUCAAGGAGUCCCUGUUGCUGGAGAAGACUAGCAAGCAGCGGCUGGAGGAACAGCUCCAGGACCGUGCACAGGGCGAGAAGGAGGCAGAAGCGGCCCUGGAAUCCGUGCGGGGCCACCUGCGUGAACGGGAGGCCCUCGUGCGAGAGUUGAGCGACCAGGUGGCUGACCUGAGGCGCCAGCUGGGCACGUACGAGGCCUCGUCCAAGGCGUGGCAGCGCAGGGAAGCCGCCUACCAGCAGGAAGUGGUCGCCAUCAAGGAAGAGGCUUCCCAGCACAUCACGGCCAUUGCGUCCCUGAAGGCCAGCAAUCUGAAGUUGAGCCGAGACCUAGAAGAGUUUGAGGCCACCCACAGGGAGACCCUGCAGUACCUGGAGAAACUGGAGAGUGACAUGGAUGGACAGAAGAGCUUUUCCGAGACGGAAAUCAUGAAGCUGAACCAGACCAUCGCACAGCAGACGAAGCUGAUCAACUUCCUCCAAGCCAAGGUCACCGAAUUGGAGAAGAAGAAAAAGAAGCUGUGGGGUGGGCGUAGCAAGGACGGCAUCUGCUGCGGCACGCCCCAGACGUCGACGCUGGAGAGCAGCUUGAGCAAGUACCAGUCCAAGUGCCGUCAGCUGCAGGACGCCCUGGAUCGGAGCCGCUCCGAGGCCAUGAGCCUGCGCCAACAGUUGAACCAUGCUCUGGCAGCAAACGAGUCUCGCCACAACCACCCCCAGGGCUCCGAGACGGCUGCAGUGCCGACUUCUCCUAAGAGCCGCGCUCUGCUCACUGCGCUGACUCUCUCUCCUAGCGUCAGUGGGGCUGCACGUACAGGGGUGGCCAAGGCCCAAGUGUCUCAGGAGGACGCCGGUGACGUCAGCGGGGAGAGCAGCGCAUUGCCACCGCCGUCUCUGCGCAUGCACCACAACAUCCCCCACCGGUUCCACGUGGUGCUAUGCAUGCGCCCCACCAAAUGUGCUGCCUGCCUCGAUGCCAUCCACUUUGGCCGCUACGCAUCUCGGUGCCAAGAGUGUGGUGCGGUGUGCCACCCGAAGUGUUCCACGUCUGUGCCGAGCACGUGCGGAGUUCCCGCCGAGUACGUGCGCAAGUUCUCGGACGCCGUGGCGACCGAGCAUUCGUCCUCGGCCACAACUCCUCCAUCCACCCCUGGCCCGCACGUGAAGUUCGCACCGAACGUGUGUGAGGUGACCUUUGACAGCUCGCUGCCCCGUGGCUGGGUCAAGGUGCUCAGGAGCAGUGGGGGCAAACAGAGCUGGCACAAGAGCUAUCUGGUGCUCUACCGUGGUGUCCUGUACCUCCUGGACCAAGCGUUGGAGCCCACCGCACUGGCGGGUGACGGCACCGACCGAGCGGCAGAGGUAGAGGAUCGCUACGGAGAGAGGCUCGAGUCUGCGUGCCACGAGCGCAUACAGAUGUCCCCGUCGGACGGCGAGGUUCUGGUGAGCAGUGCCGUGCCUGCCACCGAGCUGACGGGCACCGCCAAGUCCGACAUCCCCUACACCUUCAAGGUGGAGCUCAAGCCACACACCACGUGCUGGCCACCCAAGUGCCUAUACAUCAUGGUACCAACAUUUGCCGAGAAACAAAUGUGGGUGUCUGUCCUUGAAAUGUGUUCUGGACACAACGUUGACCCUUCGAAAUGCAACGUCGGCGACACAGUCCUGAGACUCGCAGGUCAGCACAUCCUAGACGUCAACUGCGUCCACGAACUAUCCUAUGAGUACCUUCUUGUGGGUGCCAUGGAAGGCCUUUACGUCGUCGACCUGGUAGCGAGGACCGUGCGGCGCCAAGUUGCAGACGUUCCUGCUGUCUUUCAAAUUGCCGUGUGCACGCAACUGGGCGUGGUCCUUGCAAUAUGUGGUCAGGAGCGCAGGUUGAUGCUGACAGACUGGACGGCAAUGCAGCCUUGGGUCGAGUCCCUUGCAGGCAGGGACGUUGAGGCUGAUCCACCGGAGUGGCGCCUUGUGGAGGACACGGAGGAGUGCCACCUGUUUGCCACGUCACCGGAUUACACCACGCUGUGCAUGGCGACGGGCCGAGCCAUCUACGUGCACAUCUGGAAUGCCUCACGUGCCAACUACACCUGCCGAAAGGUGGCAAGGACCAGUGAGCCUUGCAGCUGCAUAUUAUUCACACCCUACACCAUCCUGAUUGGCUGCGACAUUUUCUACCAGAUUGAUGCCAAAGACUUUUCAGUUGAGGAAUUCCUGGAUCCCACGGACCACACGCUGUCCUUCUUGACGUACAGCGCAACGCAGCUGCGCAGCUUUCCGGUGUCGGUGCUGCAGGUGGCGCCACCGGAGUACAACCCCGAGUACCUGCUUUGCUUCCAUGAACUGGGAGUGUUUGUGGAUGCUGAUGGCAGGCGUACACGUGGUGACCUGAAAUGGUCCAGGCUUCCUCUUGCCUUCGCAUACAAGUCACCGCACCUGUUCAUCCAGCAUCUCAACUCAAUAGAGAUCCUGGAGAUCAAAGCCAGGGGUGCCAAAGAAAGUGGGUUGCAUCGCAUUGUGCUGGUGAGCAACCCUCGAUUCCUGGGCCUCUCCUCGGUGGGUUCCAUGUACCUGGCAUCAUUCCACACUGGUCAGCUGGAAAUCAUCUCGGUGCACACCACUGCCACUGCACACACCGAUCAGAUGGAGCUGCCUUCGAGCAGCCUGGAGGAGAACAGCGAAGCCGGCGAGAGUGACGAGAUGCAGUUUUCCUUCACGUCGUCGGUGGUCGAGGCACUGGAAGAGUGAAGCUGUGCUACCAGCACAAACGCACAUGUUGCAGCCAGUGGCCAAAUACACUUGAUGUGUGCACACACACACACACGAUGAUUGUGAUAGGAGACAAGGUCACAACUCCUUCCUCUUGUCCACACGUCACAUUUUUUUAUUGCGUUUAUAUAUAUAUAUAUGUGUACAUUUUUACGUUUUUUAGACUGUGCAAACCUCCUGGAAGUUUUUUCACUGGAUGCCGUCUUGCACCGAACAGUCUUACUUCCGCCACCUGGAAAAAAAAAAAGAACAAAGAAGUCAUAAUGCCCAAGCACUGAGGUAUACUUUUGGUUGCGUCGAAUUAUUUACAGGUACCUGACUUGUGAAUGAAGUCGGGCAAUUAUUUCGAUUUCUUUCGGAACACAAUGUACAGUAAAAGUUUUAUAAUGUGUUUUAUGAAAUUUUAGUGGAGCCAAAUUUAUUGAAUUAAAGCUGUAUUUUACCCUUU